GACUCAUCGGCUGUUCCUUCUCUAGCAGCGUACACACUGAGAGGAUAACUCUUACAAUAACGAAUGAUCGACCUGAUCUUCCUUAACGCAUCACUCGAAAACACGCUCGUUACGGACUCAUUACUAUCUACCUGUAUAUCUUAUUCUAUCCUGUCGCCCUCUUGACGCUGAUAUUUAUAUUUCCUCUUUCAAUUCUCCUCCUUUCAGGUGCGGGAGACGCGCACCAUUCGUCCUUGAGACUUGAUACACCACAGAAUAAUCGUGUUCGGAUGCAGAACCACCCAAGUAUCCGUUCUAGAAGGCGGGCGACUUUGUCAGGACCGGAAAAUGACAGAUUGAUACCCCAGCAAAGCCAUGACCUGGCAAGCGCCAAAUUUCGGCAAUACCAUCCACAGAAGAAGAAGAAGAAGGGAACAUCCAGUGUCCCUUUCACUUGUGCAGAGUCGAGAAGGGGCCCUCCUCGCUAUUAUGCUUCUAUUCCCCUAUUACAGGCUCGCAGCGAUGCUUUCCAGACACUGUCAGCAUGUCGCAACGUUAUCGCAUGCCUCGAAUUGACGCGGAUGAGCAAAUCCCGCAUUGGGUUUGCCUACUGGGUGGAUUUCUGGGAACGCCUCUAUGAACGCCCUCUUGCGCGCUCUCUCACAUCUAGAGUGUCUAUUGUGCGCGCAAAGGUUGAUACCAUCUUUCAGAAAACCUCAAAAGAACUUAAUCAUCUUACGUGGGAAGUGGAGAAGGGCGUCGCCGCAGCGGGGUCUGAAAAGGAAGUUCUGAGACUGUUGGAACGGAUGGAGACAGAUGUGGCAUUACAUCGCAGACGACGUCGUCGGAGUGCUCAAGCUUUACUGGACAAGCUGAGGGAUAGCAUCGAACAAAUCCCGGUCGAUGUAUCCGAUGAAUUAUUCGAUGAUCUGAAACGCGGUAUAUUUGCCCUCGACCCUUUCUGCGACUAUCACCCAGGAGAUCCCGAUGCAGAAAAACGGGACAGACAGCCACGGGAUGAACCGCUGGAUGCUGAAGGGUUCGUCCAGGGAGAUCCUGAACUUGCGUACCGGCCUGGGUUUGGCCGGGAGUUCAUUGGCGCCAUCCAACGGGUAACAGCAGGCCGAGAGGGAGAACUACCACUUGAGCAUUUUCAAGAUUGGAUUAAUGAUGACAAUGAGACCAUCAGACGGGGAGCCUUAAUGCAGGAGGGUAGCUUUGGUUGAAGGAAGCUUAGGGCUCAGUGUGAUUGUAUAUUUUUCUUUAUGUCUCUGUGUUUAUAUGUUGUCUAUAGAUGGAGUUUCAGGCGGUAGGCACUCGUUUUAUACG